UCAUCAUCAUCAUCAUCAGCAAAUCAAAUGAGAUUUAAGAUAUUGAAACAAUUACGUUUAAAUAAUAAUAAUGAUAAACAUCGACGUGUACAUCAUCAUCAUUCGCAUCAUAAUUCAGAAUCACGAUUGAUUGAUGAUCCAAUUUUUGAUCCAACUAUUGAAGAAUUUUCAUUAGAUUCUUCAACAAGACCAAAACAACAGCAACAGCAAUCGAUGGUGGCAGAUAAUAAUGGCAAACAAUUUGAUAAUAAACCAAUCAAAUUGGAUAUAGACGAUUCCGGUGAUGAUAAAAACAACUACAACAAUAAUAUAAGUGAUUCGAAAUCUGGUAAACAACAUUCAUUAUUGUUGGAUAAUGCUGGUGUUGAUGAAGUAGAUUCUGUGAAGAAAAUUAUCGAUUCUGGUUGGAUCCAACAUUCAUCGACGAAAAAAUUACUAUAUUAUCUACGUAAAAUUGAUGAAGUUUUAUUCAAAGAUGCCGGUCUUGGUGGUGAUGCAACUGAUGUUGUUGAUGAUUUAUUAUCAUUUGAAGAUGUGGAUGAUUCGUUUACACCGGAUAAAGAUGAAAUAAUGAAUAAUAAACCGAAAAAUGUUGAUAAAGUAAUGGAGAAUAAUAAAAAUUUUGAAAUUAUUCUUAAUCGUAUGAUGAAUACACCAACGGUGGUGAAAAAACGUGGUGAAGGUCCACAAUUAUCGAUUGAUUAUCCAUUGACCGUAUUGAGGCAAAGAUUAAUGGCUGAACUUGCCAGGCGAAAAGCAAAAGAAACUGAAGAACAGAUUGCAAUCAAUACAGAGAUAUUGAAAAAAUUAGGAAGAAGACGUCGUCGUCGUCGCAGUAUUUCACCGAUAACGAAUCAUCCGAUAUCAAAUCAUCGUGAACAAUAUACAAUGGCACAUCGUUAUCCGACAUUGAAUAAGCAUCAACGUUUUCGUAAUAAUAAUAAAUAUUUUGCAUAUGAUCGAUUAAUAAACGAUAUUGGCAAUAGUUCAACAACAAACAUAAAACGACAAAUAAGGAUUAAUUCAAAAAAACAAUCAUGGCCAAUCAUUAAUCGAUUGAAUAAUGGUGGUGACAAACGUGUGUGAAAAUUUUUUAUUGGAAAAAAAAAUUAAACCACAAUAAACACACAGAUAAUAAAACCAAGUAAACAUAAAUACACGGGUUCAUUACUAAAAAAAACCAGAAAUCGUCCAGUGGGAAAAACUUGUUGUUCAUCACUAUCGAUUGCCAAACAUUGUCAAGGAUCAUCAUCGUAUCGUAUCAUCGUAUCAUCAUUAUUAUUAUAAAUGUAGACACAAAUGAUCAAAUUUUUGUU